AUGGACAAUAGUGUGGGAAUUGAGUGUGAGAGCAGAACUGUCUUCACUGUCCAGCAGCUGGAACAGCUGGAGAAGGGAUUUAGCAAGGCACACUACCCUGACAUUUAUGCCUGGGAAAUACUAGCCAUGAAAACUGAGCUCCCUAAAGACCAAAUACAGAUCUGGUUUCAAAACCAGAAGGCCAAAUGGUGGAAGCAGGAGAAGCACUGGGGUGGCAGCAACGUGAUGGCCCAUUACAGGUUUUACAGAGCCAUGGUGCAACACUGUAUCCCUUUGCCUAACUCCAUCCUCAACUCUGCCGAAGGCAGCAAACUGGGCUCAGUGCUGCCAGACAUUUUGGGAUGCAUAAAAAAAUCCAUGGGGAUGAUAAGAAAGUCAGAAAAUGAAGAAAAGCUCAGUGGACUCUGGGGCCUUGACAACCUCAAGGAAGGCUCUAGUCUAAGUCAGGCAAGAUCCCAGAAAGUCUUCAACAAAGCCAUCCCUGAAAACAAUUUGGAAGAUGUUGCCAUGAGCUCCAUGUGGCAGGAGACCAAGAAAGUGCACCCGGAAGCCAAUGCUUAAGGAUGCUCAGAUUCUGAGGGGCUGGAGGAACUCCAGCCUGGGAAGGUGGGAGCCUUAUGA